CCUCGCUGCCGCCGCUCACGCCCGAAGCGCCGGCCAAGGCACCAGAGGCCUGGCGGAAUCGGCAGUGGGAGGGGCGAACAAGGACGAGGUGAAGGAGGAAGAUGCAGACAAAGGCGAGGCCGAGACUGACGUCGCACCGCAGGCGUUGUGGGCGGCGCCGGCCCAGCCGCCAGUUACGACGGCGUCGUUUGUGUCGGGCCUCGCGGAGAGUCCGUUUGCGGACGCGCCGGCUGACGGCGGGCCUGAGAGCGACGGAGACGAGGGCGGAGAUGACGAUGGCGAGGCUUCGGCGGCUUCGGCGGCUUCGGCGGCUUCGGCGGCUUCGGUGGCGUCGGCGGCGUCGGCGGCCUCAGAGGCGUCGGACUCGGGCCGGCGGCGGAAGCGACGGAAGCGGCGCGGGCGCAAGGGCAAGGGCAAGGGCAAGUUGCGGGCAAAGCCCCGGUCAGGAGUGCCGGCACUAGAGCCGGCACGGCCCAGCACGGCCAACAUUCGUGGGCCAGAAGGACGCGGGCUGGAGACAAUUAUUCGCCACCGGCCGGGCAGCAGUGUGGCCGAGGCCGGGCCACGUGAAGGAAGCGCGGGAAGCGCGGGAAGCGUGGCAGUCGGCAGCGAAGCAGCUGGCGAGGGGAGCAACCAGUCUCGAACCGAGGUCAAUCUGCGGCGACAGGUCCGCGAGCUCACGCGCGAACUACAGAACGCGCACGCGCUGCAUGACGAGACGCAAAUGACCUACGAGGCCGAGCUGACACACAAGGACGAGACGAUUGCGCAGCUAAGAGCGGAGCUCCUGGAGCGCGACGCGACGAUUUCAGGCCUCACGCAGGGCUUGUCGGAGCUGCGGGCGUCCCUGGAUGCGGAGCGAAGUGAGGCGCUGGCGGCCAAGGACGCGGUCAUUGCCGACCGUGAUGCCAUCAUCGCCGGCCUCACUGCCGGGCUUGCGGCGGUCAAGCAGUCGGCGUCGCCGCUGGAAGAGUCUAAGGCAUCGCUCGAGGACGAGCUGGUUGAGCUGCGGACGCGGGUGGAAGAGUUGACGGCCGAGGCUGGGCGGCUGCGGAAGGAGAACAUCACCGCCCGCGAGCGAUGCGAACGGCUGCACGGUGGUGCGAGCAUGGCCAGCGUCUCGGUCAUCCGCAGCAGCAAGUCGCGGCGGUGAGGCUGUAGUACACGACUUAACCCUGAACGGUACGGUCGUUCGGACGCGUUGUCGCACGUCUCAAGGUGAACAACUCGAUGAUGCUCGACUUCUAGGUCACCGGCCGACGGUGCGCGACGCCUGCUUGGCCUGCGGCAUGAGGUGGGAGGCGCGCCCGCGCUUGAUGGCGGCUGACACGUAGAC